CUUAGCUGUCAUGGUGUUCAAAAAUGCGGAACUAUAGAGAUACCUACAGUCGGCGGGCUGUUUAACCUGGACACCAUUCCGGAAGUCAUCGGCAAGAGUGGUGUGUUUAUGUACAUUGCCAAGAACCAACGUAGGAAGUGUGAGAGACGCCUAGCGUUUUUUUGGAAAUCACACCUGUGUCACACCUCUACUUUUUUUCUAUUUAACCUGCUGCUGCUUCCUUGUCGCCCAUAUGAAUCGGACUCAGCUGAAGCGAUCUCGCAUUCUGAAAAUGGCUCUUGUAGGUUCGGGGGACCAAGAAGAAACGACAGAGCCCUUCUUGAAGAGGGCGACCAGGAUAGCCCUUGUCGUGGUACUCUAUUGGUUUAUCUCUAUUACCAUGGUUUUCCUGAAUAAAUAUCUGCUGGACAGCAAUGAUCUAAAGUUUAACGCGCCUCUCUUCGUGACUUUUUAUCAGUGCCUGGUGACUGUGCUACUCUGUUGGUUGCUCAGCGGUGUCUCCAGACUGUGUCCUCGAGCCGUGGACUUCCCUACCCUAAAGUUUGACCCAAAGCUUUCCAGAGGGGUACUUCCUUUGUCAGUGGUCUUCAUUGGCAUGAUAACCUUUAACAACCUUUGCUUAAAAUAUGUUGGAGUCGCAUUUUACAACGUUGGUCGUUCGCUCACCACGGUCUUCAAUGUUGUUUUCUCCUAUGUCUUUCUUAAGCAGACGACGUCUUUUGGUGCAUUGUUGUGCUGCGGGGUCAUAAUUGGUGGUUUUUUGCUAGGUGUGGAUCAAGAGGAGGCAGAAGGAUCCAUCUCAUGGAUAGGGAUAUUGUAUGGUAUCUUUGCUAGUCUUUGUGUAUCUCUUAAUGCAAUCUACACAAAGAUGGUUUUGCCAGUGGUAGAUGGUAACAUUUGGCGACUGACCUACUACAAUAACAUAAAUGCAAGUUUGCUUUUCAUUCCUUUAUUAGUCAUAUUUGGAGAAUUUCGGACUGUAUACUACUUUGAGAAUCUCUUCAGCAUGAAUUUUUGGUAUAUGAUGACAAUAAGUGGAAUCUUUGGUUUUGCCAUUGGUUACGUUACUGGACUUCAGAUCAAAUUCACCAGUCCCCUCACUCAUAAUGUAUCUGGCACUGCAAAGGCCUGUGCACAAACGAUCCUAGCAGUAAUCUAUUAUGAUCAGGUUAAGAGCUUUUUAUGGUGGACAAGUAAUAUCAUGGUAAUAGGUGGCUCCUUUGCAUAUACUUGGGUUAAAGGAUUAGAAAUGAAGAAGUCUCAAGAGGAACCAGAGUCAAAGACUGGUGCUACAAAAAAUAUUUCUGGUGUAUGAAGAGCACCAAGUGAUUAUGAAAUAUAACAAACACAGGAUUUUCUCUUUUGUGAAAGUAAAGUGAAUGUUUUCCACAUCAAAACUGUUAAAAUUUCUUCUUUUUGCCUUAAUUCCUUAAAACUAUUUUGAUCAUUUUGACACAACCUUCAUGUUUUAUGAAUAAUGUAUAAUACUUUUUAAUUUUCUUCAAUACACUUACAUGGAGUUUCAAAUGAAUUAUUAAAUAUAUAUAUAUUUUAUACAAUUUUUUUAGGCUUUGUCCAUUUUAGUCAUGGAGUAGCUCUCUACAAAUGAAAAAACAAAUUUUAAAGUACUUAAUUUCAGAGAAGCAAUGGAUGAUGGGUAUUCAUUCAAAUAAUUUCUGUUAAUUGAUUGUCUCCUUUAAUUCUAAGGUAAUGUGUUUCUAACCCAUUUCAGUGCUGCACUGAGUGCUGGUUUCAGAAUGAGGAUUAUUUUAUUGCAUAUAAGUUUUAUCACUUCUAGCUUUCUUGCAUUUGUCUAAAUGAUUUUUAUUUUUUCCCCUUGACUUAAUUGCACUUCAGGUUUCACAACUUCAAACACAUCCAAAAAGAGGGGCCUUAACAAGUGGGCAAAGGAGAAAUCGUGUGUUUCUGUGAAAUUAAAAUUGUUCAUAAGUUUUCCAUUUCAUCAUUUAGGAAAGCAAAACGUGCUGUGGAGUUCUUUUUCAGUGCAUAUUAUAGUAUAUAAAGAAGUGAGGAAAUUCAGCAAUAUGGUUUGUUAUGGUCUGAAAUCUGCCUCGGAUUAAAAUAAGGCACAGGCAGUAUGUCUUAGUAGCUGAAGCCUAAAAUCUAAUGUAGUCCUCUCUCUAUUCAUGUGACAAGUCCAUGCUCCAACUACUGAAAUUUGUAAAUGUUUAUAUCAGUGUUCUAUACUAAGAAAUUACAUUAGUUUAAAAUAAGACCCAAGAAAUGGUCUGUAUAUUGAAGCUGGGCAAUCUGAAUAUUUAUUUUUUUGCCGUUCAUCUUUUCUAUUUGUACAAUUGAAAACAUUUCUAAAUGUUUAUUUGGAGGUUACAACAACAAUCUAUGUCUUGUAUAGCUCAGUAUCGCACAAAGAAUGCCUCAAUGGUUUUUAACAGGAGACAUUUCAUACAUUCUGACAUUAGUAUAUGUCUGCAUUUAAUAAUGGGCCUUGUUGGAAUUCUAAAUUAAACAGAUUUGCUUUGCAUUUAGCCUAAUUACUGCUAAGCCCAAGGAUAAAUUGCUAUAUGUUUGUUACUUAUGUCAUUCAGUUAAGUUGUUCAAAGAAGAGCCAUCUUCCCAAAUAACACACUCAUUCAAAGAUUUAAACGGUUUUUGUGUUAUGCUUUUAGUGAAAAUUGUGACAGGCAGAGUUUUUCACUUGAACAGAAGGAAAAAUUGUUGAAACACUCCUGUCUCAUGUUAAAAUUGUAUAUUUUCUCUUAUUUCUUUCAAUAGGUUCCAUUUAGGAAGUUAAUCAUUUCCUUACACAGUCCUAGAACAUGUUAGAAACUUGUUGAAUGUCCUCUAUUUACAUGUGUUUUUUGCCUGGAAUCUGCUGGAAUGGAUUCCUUCAACUCUCUGCUAAGCAUGUAAACAGAAAUGAAAAAAAAGAUUACUGAAAUUUAUAUUACUUUGUUACAUAGUAAGUACAUUGUGUAUGAGUUUUGAAAUUAUGUAUACACCCUUCUACAUACAGUAUAUUUUUAUUUUUCCAAGACUUAUACAUUUAUGUACUGCUUUCUGAAAUGUUUUUGUUCUCUCCGAGUUCAUGUUGGCGUAGCUUGUAAAAUAUCCUUCCUUCAAGAGUCCAAAAAUUCUUUGUUGUUCUGAAUAUGUAGAGGAUAACAUGGCUACUUUGUACAUGUUAAUUCAAAAUGCAGUUCCUCUAUAAUUGUGCAGAUAUCUGUUGUGAAAAUGGCAUAAGCACUUGAAUUUGCUAUGUGUGGGCAGUGUGCUCUGAAUUAAUUUUCCCCUGAAGUAUUUUGAAAAUAUCACAACACAAAUGCAGAUUAUUAUAUUGCAUUUUAUAGUUGAAAAUUUUAUUUUUUAUUACACCUUGUAAAUCAUGGCUUUAACUUUUGAAUUUUUAACUGGUAUUAUAUAUUUAAGCAGUUUUCACAAGUUCAAAUUACACAACUAUUCAAGGACUUAACAGGUAGGCAUACUACACUUUUUAAGCUGCCAACUUUAAAUAUCAUAAAUGUAUAUAAAGACAUAAGAACUGAUGCAUCUUUAUUCAAAUUUUAUACAAAAGUGUAUGUUUGAAUUUCUGCUACAAAUUUAAAUCCUGGGAUUGCCAUAUUUAUUAUGAUUAUAAAAUAUCUAAAUAUAAAGAUAUGGUUGCUGAUUUUUAAACAGCAAUUGAAAAUAUAUUAAAUGACUUUACAAGUUGCUGUGUAUAUAUUUAAUUGACCUCAUUCAAUGUAAAGUGACACUUUGAAACACAAAGUCCAUUGCCAAUGAGUGUGUCCACUAAAAUGUAUUCAUUUUUGCUACUUAAGUAGGCUUGAAAAUGCCACUUAAAAUUAAGUGUAGCUGUCUUAUCUCUUCAGUAAUUAGUGGUUUUAAUUAGUAUAAAUGCUAAAGAGUAAAUAUUUAACAGAUAUUGCGAGGUUUUAGAAACUCUGAACAUUUCUGAAGUAAAACGAACACAUUUUUUCAGUUAAGUACAAACAAAAUGAUUUAAAUAAAAUGACUUUGAUACAUGUA